UUCCCUUGCCCCGCCCCCUCCCUCCGCCCCACUACCGCUGCGCCCCAGUUCCAGCCGGUCCGCACUCGCCAUGUCCUCUCCGGGCUCGCUCCGCGACUGCCAGGCUUGGAAGGAUGAAGGCCUGGCUCUUUCAACCACCAGUAACGAAGCUUGUAAGCUGUUUGAUGCCUCUUUGACUCAGUAUGUGACGUGGACCAAUGAUAAGAGUCUUGGUGGCCUGGAAGGAUGCUUUUCCAAACUCAAGGCAGCAGAUCCAACUUUUGUGAUGGGGCAUGUCAUCUCCAAUGGUCUGGCACUCAUUGGCACCGGGACCUCAGUGCUACUGAAUCCAGACCUUCGAGUCUCCAUGGAGACGAUGAUGGAGCUUUCCAGGAAGCAGAACCUGACAGAGCGGGAGCGGCUGCAUGUGUCUGCUGUGGAUAUGUUCGCUAAGGGGUGCCUUCCAAAAGCAUGUACCAUCUGGGAACAGAUCCUCCAAGACUACCCCACUGACAUGUUGGCACUGAAGUUUUCCCAUGAUUCCUUCUUCUACCUGGGGUAUCUGGCUCAGAUGAGGGACUCUGUUGCUCGGAUUUAUCCUUAUUGGACCCCCAACAUUCCCCUCAGCAGCUACGUUAAAGGCAUUUAUUCUUUUGGAUUGAUGGAAACCAACUUCUAUGAUCAAGCAGAAAAGUUGGCCAAAGAGGCCCUGUCCAUAAAUCCCACAGAUGCCUGGUCGGUGCACACGAUAGCCCACGUCUAUGAGAUGAAGGCAGCACUCAAGGAGGGAGUCUCGUUCAUGCAACACUCCGAGUCCAACUGGAAGGACUGUGACAUGCUUGCUUGCCAUAACUAUUGGCACUGGGCCUUAUACCUGAUUGAAAAGGGUGAAUACGAAGCUGCCCUGACCAUUUAUGAUGACCACAUUGCACCCAGCCUUCUGUCAACAGGUUCAAUGCUUGACAUGGUGGACAGCUGUUCCUUGAUGUACAGACUUCAGAUGGAAGGUGUGUCCGUGGGAGACCGUUGGCAAGCCAUACUUCCUGUUACAAAGCAGCAUUCCAGGGACCACAUCCUGCUCUUUAAUGAUGUCCAUUUCCUGAUGUCCUUCCUGGGGGCCAAGGACCAUGGGACUGCCCAAGAGCUCCUGACCACUCUUCAGGAACUGGCCCAAGAUCCUGGUGAGAACCACCAGCAUAAGCUGGCCCAGGAGGUGGGGUUACCUCUGUGCCAGGCCCUGAUGGAGAUGGAGAAUGGAAACCCAGACAGAGCCGUGGACUUGCUGCUCCCGAUCCGAUACAAGAUUGUCCAAAUAGGUGGCAGCAAUGCUCAGAGGGACGUCUUCCAUCAGGUGCUGGUCCACAGCGCUCUGAAGUGUCAGCAGAAAUCCCACAGGAACCUGGCCAGGAGCCUGCUCAUGGAAAGGGAUGCCCUGAAGCCCGGCUCCCCUCUGACCGAGCGCCUCAUCCGGAAGGCAGCAGCCGUGCACCUCAUGGAGUAAAGCCGGGGCUCCCCCUCCCUAGUCUCGCUCAGAGGGAGCCCGGCCUCUGGACCCGCCCCCAACCCCCCGCUUCCCCGCACUCCUCCGGAAUUUGGGAGCAUCGUCCCCUCUGUGAAUCAUCGUCAUGAGCCAAAGCAUCCAGGCCCAUCUUUAUACCGAGAAGACGGAGGCAGGGACGAGGUGGCCGGAGACGAGGCCCUCUCCUUCCCCCUCCUGCCCCCAACGGCACGUGCUUGGCUCAUCCUGUGCCUCUGGGUGGCAUCAAGGAACGGAAAGUGAUUGUAUCGCAAAUCUGAGUCAAGCCUAAGAAAGGCGUCUGAUGGGGCCCCCUCCCAGCCUCCCAACCUGCCGGGGAGGCAGGAUUCUGGGAGCCGGGGACCAGCUCUCCUCACUAGGGAAGCGUGCCCAGCUGCCAGCACGCCUGGUGGGCCGACCCUGCUUUAAUCAGCAACUUUUCCAGCAAAAAAUUCCAAGCUUGACCUUUGGCAAGGGCCUCCCCCUCCCUAAGCCUCCGUUGCCUCCGCAGUAAAAUGGGGGUCGUCACCCUCCCCCCUCCCUCACCGCCCUGCCAGGGAUGCCCGUGGAGUCGGAGUGGGAAGGGACCUGGAGAACCACCAAUAGAAGCAGUAAACGCCUGGGCACCUGCACCGGAAUAACCAGAUCAGCUCCCUAGGUCUAUACUUCCAGCAUUCCCAGCUGGGCCCACAUGCCGUGAUGCUUAGGGAGGUACCUUCUCAGCCUCAGCUUACUCCUCUGUAAAAUGGGGCUAUUCCAAGCUGCACUAGCUUCCCCUCCGGGCUGUGUGAGCUCAGGGCUUCCCUCUCAGGUCCCCCUCGGAGGCCUCAGGGCAAAGCUGCCAUCUUUGCCUGGGCCUUCACGGGCAGCCCACCAGCCAAUACGAGUCCCUCCUCUACUUGGAGUCUGUGUGAAAUCCCAGCUUCCAGCACACAAUUUCAGAUCCGUGUCACUGGAUGAAGAUUGUGGGGUGGCCCCAGCCCUAGGGCGCUGAGGUGUCAGUCAGAAAGAAUCCAUCCUGUGCCUGGAAACCUGCCUCUGUGCCUCUGGCUUCAUCAUUAAAGGCGAGACAGUGCUGGCUCCUCUCUUCCGUGGCUUCUGAGACCCAGCCUUGCCUGCGAAAGGGCUCAGGAAGCGCCUUUACCCAUGCUCCUUGGUGUCUCUUGCCACCCAAUAAUGCACUUGCUGGCUCGGGCCUACUCCGAGCCACGUGACCCUGGGCAAGUCACCUAACCCCAUUGCCUCAUCCUUACCUCUCUUCUGCCUUGAAACUAGUGCAUAGUAUUGAUUCAAAGGGGGAAGGGAAGGGCUUAAAAAAAUGCCAGCAAGCACACCUCACAAUACAUAAAACCAGUCGCUGUGACCAAUUGGAUAAAGUCAUCUCCAGAGGAUUGGAAUGACUUGUUUCCAUUUUCUCCCAUAUUCACUUUACACAAUUGGCCAAAGAAAAAAACUGCUUUUUUUUUUUUUUUGAAAAAUUUAAUUAAUUGAUUUAGAAUAUUUUUCCAUGGUUACAUGAUUCACGUUCUUUCCCACCCCUCCUCCAUCCCCUCCUGUAGCCAGCAAACAAUUACUCUGGGUUUUACUUGUGUCAUUGAUCAGGAUCUAUUUCCAUAUUAUUGAUAUUUGCACUGAAGUGAUCACUUAGACUUAGAGUCUCCAUCCCCAAUCAUAUCCCCAUCAACCCAUGGAAUUAAGCAGUUGUUUUUCUUCUGUGUUUCUGCUCCCACAGUUCUUCCUCUGGAUGUGAAUAGCAUUCUUUCCCGUAAGUCCCUCAGAAUUGUCCUGGGCCAUUGCAUUGCUGCUAGUAGAAAAGUCUAUUAUGUUCAACUGUG